GUUUUGCCCUGAAUAUAUGCGGCACUAUGCGCACUCGGCAUCGAAAGAAGGCAAAAACGAGAAAUCAUCGCAUCGCUUUCGGCAACCGCUUUUCGCCAGCUGCAACGCAGCCGCACAUAUAUAAUGGAAUAUCGACGGCCCAACCCGUUGGCAUUUGUCGCCACAACCAGUUAUUUUCCUUAGAUCGCUACAAUUAUCCACUAACUCAACUUUAUUACAUUUGAUUCACUUUACUGUUUAAUAAUCAUUUCAAAGACCAGCGCAUCACAAUAUUAUGUCAACUAAGUCCCUUGAGUCUAGCAGUCGGACAUAUGAGGUUUCGGGACAAAGCGGGCCAGAGCCACAAAACGGCUCCGUGUGGCAAAAUUUCAAGGACUCAUUCAAGCCUGCGGACCAGGUGGUAUUAAAUUUGGAUGACUUGGAUGAUGUGGAAAAGGCAAACUUGCGGGCCGCCAAUUCCCAGCUUCUGAAGAAAUUGAAAAAUCGCCAUUUGCAAAUGAUUGCCAUCGGCGGCUCUAUCGGAACUGGUCUUUUUGUUGGUUCUGGUUCCGCGUUAUCCACUGGCGGCCCUGGUGGGAUUGUCAUUGCUUGGGCCAUCACGGCAACCUUUGUUUUCACCACAAUGCAAGGGCUUGGAGAGCUCAGUACCACGUUCCCCAUCAGUGGUGGGUUCAACAUAUACGCCACACGAUUUAUCGAGCCGGCGGUUGGAUUUGCGAUUGGAUGGAACUACUUUCUUCAGUUCUUCGUGCUUCUUCCCUUGGAACUAGUUGCCGCGUCCAUCUCGAUUCAGUAUUGGAAUGCCGACUUGAACCCGGAUAUUUUUGUUGCCAUCUUUUGGGUACUUGUUUUUGCCAUCACCAUGAUGGGCGUUCGGUGGUACGGUGAGGCCGAGUUCAUUUUUAGCAUGAUCAAGGUCGUCACUGUUAUAGGAUUUAUUAUUUUGGGCAUAGUGCUUAUUUGCGGCGGUGGUCCCACCCAUGAUUUUGUGGGUGGCAGGUACUGGAGAAACCCCGGAGCUUUUGCCAAUGGCUUCAAGGGUGUAUGUUCCGUGUGGGUCACUGCGGCGUUUUCUUUCGGAGGAACCGAGAUGAUUGGAUUGGGUGCAGCCGAGGCGGCCAACCCAGCAAAGGCCCUUCCAAAGGCCAUCAAACAGGUGUUUCUCCGGAUCACGAUUUUCUACUUGGGAACUAUUGUGGUCAUUGCCACGCUUGUGCCGUAUGACGACAGCCGUCUUUUGAACGCCACGUCUUCUGCAGAUGCCUCGGUGUCGCCGUUUGUAAUUGCCAUUGUCAACGGUGGUAUCCAGGGCUUGCCCAGUGUGAUUAAUGCAGUAAUUUUGAUUGCUGUCUUAUCUGUGGGCAAUGCCUCUGUGUACGCGUGCUCGCGUUCUCUCAACUCGCUUGCUGAACAAGGCAUGGCGCCCAAGUGGACCGGGUAUGUCGACAGAAAAGGCCGGCCAUUGUUUGCCAUUAUCAUCACAAACUUGUUUGGACUCUUUGCGUUUAUCGCUGCCUCCGACAAGCAAGAUGACGCGUUCAACUGGCUUCUUGCAUUGUCUGGACUCUCGUCUAUCUUUACCUGGAUGUCUAUCAACUUCUCGCACAUUCGGUUCCGGGCUGCCAUGAAGCAACAGGGCCGCUCUUUGGAUGAGUUGGUAUUCCGCUCAGCAAGUGGUGUUUUGGGAUCCUGGUACGGACUUGUGAUGAACUUUUUGGUGCUUGUGGCCACGUUCUGGCUCUCGCUAUUUCCUCUCCACGAAGCCCCCAAUGCAUCAAGCUUUUUCCAGGGCUACUUGGGUCUCCCCACGAUUCUUCUCUCUUGGAUUGGGUACAAAAUCUACUCGAAGUCGUGGAGAAUGUUGAUCAGUGCUGAUAAAAUUGACUUGGACACAGGAAGACAUAUUCCAGACAUGGAUCUCAUUCGCCAGGAAGAGGCCGAGAUGGCAGCUGAGUUGGCAAACCAGUCGUGGUGGCGCCGGGCACUCGCGUACAUUUUCUAAUUGCGUCUCCUCUCUUGCAUUAUAGCAUCACAUAAAUUCAUAGGUAUUGUAAUAAUUGACUUUAUAGAUUUGACUUAGGCAGC